AUGACCACGUUGCUCAAUUCCUCUCUCAUUUCACAUGUAACUUUUGGCAAAUCUCAGAAACCGGUAGCCCAAAAUCUUUUCCACCGUAGACUAAUCCUCCCUCGCUGCAACGCAACCACCACAGACGUUAAAAUUUCUGCAAGAAAAUCAGCCAACUACCAACCAAACAUCUGGAAUUACGAUUUUCUGCAGUCCUUGAAGCAUGCCUACUCGGAUAUAAAAUAUGAGGACAGGGCCAACAAGCUGCAAGAGGAAGUGAUGAGAAUGAUAAAGGAUGAAAAUUCAGAUGUAUUGCUCAAACUUGAACUCAUUAACGAUGUGAAACGCUUGGGCCUGAGUUACCAUUUUGACAAGGAGAUAGGAGAAGCCCUUCUUAGGUGUCACUGUUCUGCAAUAACAUUUAGUGGCACCAUCUAUCACAGAGGCUUGCAUGAAACUGCUUUGAGCUUCAGGCUUCUGAGAGAAUAUGGCUAUGAUGUCACAGCAGAUAUAUUUGAGAGAUUUAGAGACCACAAUGGUAAUUUCAAGGCAAGCCUUGCUAGUGAUGUGGAAGGAAUGUUGAGUCUGUACGAGGCAUCGUUUCUUGGUUAUGAAGGAGAACAAAUUUUGGAUGAAGCCAAGGACUUCAGCAGCUUCCAUCUUAGGGUUGCCCUCAAUAAAGGUAGAAGUAGUAACAUGCUAUUAGAACAAGUGAAUCAUGCUUUGGAGCUUCCACUGCAUCAUAGAAUCCAAAGACUUGAAGCCAGGUGGUAUAUUGAAUCUUACUCUCAAAGAAGAGACUCAAAUCUGGUGCUCCUUGAAGCAGCAAAACUGGAUUUCAAUAUUGUGCAGUCAACCCUGCAAAAUGAUAUCCAAGAAAUGUCAAGGUGGUGGAAGGGAAUGGGACUAGCCUCAAAGUUAAGCUUCAGCCGAGACAGGCUAAUGGAAUGCUUCUUUUGGACUGUUGGAAUGGUGUUCGAGCCUCAGUUCAGCUAUCUCCGCAAAGGUUUAACCAAAGUUACUUCUUUAAUAACCACGAUCGAUGACGUUUAUGACGUGUAUGGCUCCUUAGAUGAAUUAGAACUUUUUACAGCAGCUGUAGAAAGUUGGGAUGUUAAAGCAGUUAAAGUUCUCCCAAAUUACAUGAAGAUAUGUUUUCUAGCACUGUACAACACUGUCAAUGAAUUGGCCUAUGAUGCAAUUAAAGAACAAGGACAAGAUAUUCUUCCUUACCUCACCAAAGCAUGGUCUGAUAUGUUGAAAGCAUUCCUACGAGAAGCCAAAUGGAGUCGUGACAAACACGUCCCAAGACUCGAUGAUUACCUCCAGAAUGCAUGGGUCUCUGUUUCUGGGGUAGUUAUACUGACCCAUCUCUAUUUCUUGCUAAACCACAGCAUAACAAAGGAAGCACUUGUGUCUUUAGACAGCUACCACUCCCUGUUACGGAGGCCAUCCAUUAUUUUUCGACUUUGCAAUGAUUUGGGUACUUCAAAGGCAGAGUUAGAGAGAGGUGAGGCAGCGAGCUCCAUUCUCUGUUACAUGCGAGAAAGUGGUGCUAGUGAAGAGGGUGCUUACAAACAUAUCCAUGAUUUGCUUAAUGAAACGUGGAAGAAGAUGAACCAAGAUCGAGUGUCAGAGUCUCCUUUCCCAAAACCUUUCGUAGAAGCAGCUAUAAACCUUGCAAGAAUUUCUCAGUGCACGUACCAGUAUGGAGAUGGACAUGGAGCCCCCGAUUCGACGGCCAUAGAUCGCAUUCGAUCCUUGAUAAUUGAACCCAUCGCACUUCAGGAGAUGCACACAUUUCAACAAGUUGUUAAUCAAUAA